AUGCCUGAGCACAAUCUUGAUCUCAAGCGAGUUGUACUUGAAGUUCCUAACCAGAACUUAUCAUCUAGUGAAAAGUAUGCCAGUCUUAUUAAGGACUUAGAUGCCAACUUUGAAUCUGGAAAGCUAUAUGCAUUCAUGGGGACAAGUGGAAGUAGUAAAACAACAACGAUGGAAGCCAUUGCAGGAGUGAUUCCAUUUGGAUCUCUAACUAGUGGAGAAAUACUAAUGGAUAACAACGAAAGAAGUGAUGAUACGUGGGAAAAGAUGUCCACAUAUGAAAGACAGAAAGGAUACACCAUUGACGAGCUGACUGUUGAUGAGUUUGUUUACUACUCUACCGUCUUCUCUUUACCCAACGAAAGUAAGAAAAAUAUCGAGGAAGCCAUGGAUGAAGUAUUGGGUAACCUUCUCGGAUUAGGGCAUGUCCGAAGUAACCGAAUGGAGAAGCUUUCUGGAGGAGAAAGAAAGAGGGUGGGAAUUGCAAUUUCUUUUAUGAAGAUGCUUUUACUUGAAGGAAAGCUGAAGGUUGUACUUCUUGAUGAGCCAACUAGUGAGCUUGACUCUGGACUGGCAGUAAAGGUGGUAAGGUUCGCCAGGGACUAUGCUAGAAGAAAUGGCAGUAUAGUGAUUUUAACCGUCCAUCAGCCAGGGCCUGAGCUUUAUAGUACCUUUGAUGAUCUGCUGUUCAUGCACAAGGGGUUGAGGAUAUAUGCAGGCCCUUCUAAUGACUUCAUGAAGUACUUGAACUCCAAAGGGAUCUACAAUACAGGUGGUCCAGGCACAGACACGGAAUUUAUAUUUAGCUUAUUUACAAGUGGGACUAAAGAAGCAGAGCAAUACAAAGACCAAAUCAAGCAAAUUGAGAUGGAAGCAAAAAACAAAAAAGAGGUAAAAGGGGAAGUUUAA